UCGUCUCUUACAGUAAAAACCCAAUAUGGCAGAGAUGGAAGGUCUUGCACGUUAACUAAAGCAAUAUCAACACUUUCUACAGCACCCAGGUCGAUUUUGCGCGACCGUCCGCAGACAUGAGGGAAAGACAGAAGAAGAAAAAGGGGAGGACGUGGGCAGAGGCCGCCAAAACGGUGCUUGAGAAGUACCCCAACACACCGAUGAGUCAUAAAGAGAUACUACAAGUGAUUCAGAGAGAAAGGCUUAAGGAGAUAAGAAGUGGAACGUCGCCUCUUGCCUGUCUCAAUGCCAUGCUCCAUACAAACUCACGUGGAGAGGAAGGGAUCUUCUACAAGGUCCCCGGCAGAAUGGGAGUCUAUACACUGAAGCAGAAGGACAUUGGAGACAUGGUGAAGGAACUGUCAGAAGAUGCUUCAGAGGACAGCAGUGAUAACAUGUCUGAUACCCGAAGCACAGAAAAUACCAGCACCACUACCUACAGCAAAGAUGGACGCAGAGGAAGGUGGAAGAGGAGAGUGCCAGCAAAACUGCAAUCUCAGCCGUCCUCCCCACAGUCUCGCUGUUCAUCUCCGUCAGUCUCCAGCAGCAAACUCAUAUCUCCAUCACAGAAACACAGCAAGAAGGCCCUCAAACAUGCACUGAAACAGCAGCAGCAGAGGAAUCAACGGCGGCAAUGUGGAAUCCCCAACACGUCCAGCCCACGACUGCUCCUCAAGACUGUCAAAGACAUGGCUCACGACUCCUCCAAAUCCUCUUGGGAGCUGAAACAGACAGAGCGCUGCCCUGCCAGUCCACAGAACUCUACCUCCAGUUCGUCCUCCUCCAUCAAAGCAGAUGUGUGCCACACGACUGGGGCCCGGAAGGUGUCCCAGCGCACCAGUAGGCUCAGUCCCAGACAACUGAGGCAUACCAAGUGUGCGAUAGAUGUCGAGACACCAGAUUCCAUCCUUGUCAACACCAACCUGCGAGCGCUCAUCAACAAGCACACGUUCUCAAUGCUGCCUACAGAGUGUCAACAGAAGCUUCUUAAGAUGCUGCCGGAGGUCGACCAGCAGGCUAGUAUGGAUGGUGCACUGAAGGUGACCAGCUCUGCCUUGAACAACGAGUUUUUCACAUCAGCAGCACAAUCUUGGAAGGAGAGGUUGUCAGAGGGUGAGUUCACACCAGAGCUGAGACUGAGAAUGCGGCAAGAAAUCGAGAAGGAAAAGAAAGUGGAGCUUUGGAAGGAGCAUUUCUUUGAGAGCUACUAUGGUGAACAAUCUGGACUGAGUAUAGAGGAAUCCAGAGAACUGACAGAGGAUAGGAGUGUUCCUGAACCAGCUAAAAGAACGGUCUUAUCAGAAAAGCCAGAGACUGUCAAAGAGUCUCAGAAGGUAAACCCAGUGACAGAGGUCAUCCACAUGGAGUUGAGAUCUAGAGAUGUGAAAUCAACAGUAACGCAUAUCUCGACUGAAGAGCCGGUCAAACCUCCUGCUCCAGAGCAAUCACAUUUAUCCUUAGACACGAGAAAGGAUGCACAGGAAGAACUGAUUCCAGAGUCCUCUGUUCAGAAAGCAGUGGAGACCAAACCUGACAGUGAAAAAGCACUGGAAAAUGAGAUCACAUGUAAGACCCCAGCAUCUCCUUUGGAAGCAGUGGUCACCUGUUUGGAAGGAAACGAGACACACACCCCUAAAGAUGAAAUUCCCGUUGGUGAGGCUGGACAAACUGUAAUGGAAAGGAAUGAGGUUGGAUCUCCAGUAACUGCUGCCACAUCUGAGCCUCUAAAAAGAAAAGUCUGUAGUGAACAGGAUACAGAGCUCAGAACAGAGAAGAAGCCCCGUGUCACUUCAUCAGAAGCGUCAUCCACAGUGACAGCUAAAGAAAAAGUUGAACAAAGAGUACCUCCUCUCAAAAUCCCAGUGUCAAGAAUUUUCUCUGCCCCUGCGUCUACUGAGCAGGUAUCUCCAAGGACUCCGGUUCCCGUUCCGUUGACACCCCCUAGCAUUCGACCUGGUCGCACCGGUGCACGCACUCUAGCUGACAUCAAGGCAAAAGCCCAGUUAGCACGUGCACAGCGUGCUGCAGCAGCAGCAGCCGGGUCAUCUUCCUCAAUGGGAACUGGCUCAGUUGGAGGUACCUCAACACCCUCUCCAGCUCGGUCCCUGUCAGAAGAUUUUUCACCAGCAAGCAGCAGAAGUCAAUCGGUGUCGCCUAUAAAGCUAAGCUCUGGAACUCCAGCUCCUGAAGGCACGGUGUCUCUCUUACAAACCUCUCCUUCCUCAGGUUCCACUGGACACGCAGACCCUGGUCUUGCACAAGCCUUCAGUGCAAGCCAGGGUUUUUUAAAAGAUAAUCGCUCUUCGAUGGGGUUGCAAACCACUCAGUGUACGUUGAACCCAACGGGCAAGGAUCAGCAUAACCUCCUCAGUCCUGCGGGGACGCUAGCACCUUCAUGUCAGGCAGGAAACGUGACUGUCUCGAACACAAUAGCAGAAAACCAGAGACCACAGCAAGCACCUUUUUCAGGAGCGUCAGUCACCAAGCCUAGCUCUUUAAUCCCAGCAAAUAAUCCUCUGGUCACCCAGCUUCUUCAAGGUAAAGAGGUUCCCUUAGAAAAGAUCCUCCCAAAGCCACUAGCCAAGGUGGAGGUUCAAUCUGUAGCCAUUUCAUCCAGAGAUAAAGGGAAUCUUGGUACCACCACUGCUGGGUUGAAAAAAGAUAGUUCAACAAACCAAGAAGAUGACAAAAAACUUGGGAACCAAGUUCCUUUUGGCAUGCAAGUCAGAAGUGUGGACAAGUUGGUAAAAGUUGGUACUCCGGACCAGAUGCUCCAUCCACUAAGGCACAAAUGCAUGCAGAAGAACACCAGCUCCAACUCCCAAUUCCAGUCCUGUCAAUUAGGUCACCUUGAGGGUAGCCAUGACCAGAAUAUCCAUCUAGGCAUCUUUGGACGGAAAAGGGUAUCCAAGCCAGCUAUGACAGGACACUACCUCCUCAACGUGUCCACAUAUGGUAGAGGAUCCGAGAGCAGCAAACGGCCGCACCUAAGUAGUAAUACAGGCUCUGCCCUCGCCAACCUGAAGAAGGAGACAAUCGAAGCAGAGGAUAGUGUGAAAGGGAAGACGGAAUCACUUACCCGUCACCCGAAUUUCCCAAGGGUCAAAGUGGAACAGCAGGGAUGUGUCAUCAAUAAACCAGAUGAUGGUUUGCCACCCCAACCCUGCUCUGAUAUAAAGUCUGAAUCUCUAUCACUGAGUUGUUUGUCCAGCAAAGACGAAGGCAGCACUUCUAUUAGAACCAAAGAAACAUGCUCAAGAGCGCAGCUUGAUAUGUGCAGCAGUAUACAGGGUAAAACAGAGCCAUAUCAGUUAGGUGACUGUCACCAACGCACGUUCCUGUCUCAGAAAGCCCAUAAUGGACCUCAGUAUGGUGGCACUAUCAGCAUGUCUGUCCCUCACGCACUGAACCACAGCAUGGCUAACACUCCAACUUCUCCCACUGUGUCCUGCAGCGGUGAUGGUGAAACGUCCACUGGAGGUAUGAUGUCUUUUUCCGUCACCGUCACUGCCAUACCUGCCGGUCACCUACUGGAUCAGAACAGUCAGGAUGAGACCUCACCUGAGCAAGCCUUCAUAGAAACCUCUGGGAUGGAGGACGUUCAAUCAAAGUGCUACUGUCGACUGAAGGCUAUGAUUAUGUGCAAGGGAUGUGGCGCAUUUUGUCAUGAUGACUGCAUUGGUCCAUCCAAACUAUGUGUCUCGUGUUUGGUGGUACGAUAAUGGUCAUGAGGAUAAACUGCAACUUGUUCAUUCAAAAAGAAGCAAUCACUGCAGUGAGGGUAACAGAAAUGUUACGACAGUACAGCAGUGUCCAUGUAUCCGUUGUCAUUUGAGAGGCUAGCUGUUGUGCUGUAUGGGGGGAAUUCACUAAGAAUGAAUUGCGCCCGCUAAUAGUGCUGUUUAUUUGCACGUAACUUCUGCUUUGUUUUAGCAGAUGAUAUAUACAGGAGUUAUGCAAAUCAGGUAACAUGACCAGCAAGUCAGUUCUGAGUACUUAGUUGUGGCGAAUGCAGCAGACUACCUUUAUCUGGCAUGCUUUACUGGGACUGUUCGGUAUGGCUGCACUAAUGCAAUCCAGACUUUAAAUCGGCUCUUUAGCGUGCCGAAAGUGCUCGACUACACUGUAUGUCUGGAUAUGUACCCAUUCUUUUCUCAAUCAUUUGCGUUUCAGGGCUUUAAGCGCCUGGUUAAACUGGAUCGUGGAUGCUAAUGAAGACGCUGUAGGCUUUUGCACUAAAAUGCAACGCGCAACUGUUUAGUGAAUUCGCCCCUUUGUUUUUCUUUACAGCACAAACAAUAACACGCUAAAAGAUGAGGUAUGAAAAACGUGCAAUGCCAAGUAAUACUUCCUCUCAUUCAUUGAGCACCUUGUUUUAGACUCAAGACUCGAUAUUGAAUAGUGGCAAUAUUUAAGGCUGGUUCUAUUUCUGUUCUAUUUUUGUAAUAUAAUUUUAGAAAUUGAAAUGAAUAUACUACUAUUUUUGUAUAUGUUAAUAAUCAUGAUUCCCCUCCACCCUUCAAAUUUCGGAUCUUGUACGCGUAAUUCACACUAGUUUGCUGGAUCAGAAACCAAUAACAUCAACAUUUAGUCUUUGCAUUUCCUGUAAAGCUAUUUGUUGGUUGGUUUAAGCCUUUUUGACACAAGCAAAGAACCACACAACUGAAAUACCAAUUACUGCAGAAUUACUGUGAAUAUGUAAACCUAAUACAUUAACCUGCCUUGUUAUAUAGGUUUAUAUGGUACUGUUCAAAGUUAUUUAUGGGAUAGAAGGGAGUUUUGUCAAAUAUGUUAACAGGCUAGCACUUCUCUUAGAUCGGUGGCUUUUACAUGAGAGAAGAAUGUAAGAGCAGGUUUAUACUGAUAAUGGCAAUAAUUUGUAUAUUUUCAAUAUUUAUAAAAUUAAGAGCAUUAGUCCCUUACAUCUCAUUUUCUUCAGAAAAAUAUUUAUUAGGGUUGCACUUUUUAUGUUCAGAAAAUGUCUUUGCUCUAAAAAAAAAAGAUGAUUUGUAAGAAUUAAAGCACUUCUUAAACAAACUAAUGUACCCUCUCAGGAGCAAAACCAGGUCUUAAUCAUUUCAAUAGCCUGUGUCGAAUCAUUUGAGUUGUUUACAUUGCCUCUAAUUGGACUAAACUUAGUUUUUAGGGAUAGGCAAAUAAUGCAGAGUAUCAACAGCAAAACUAUUACGAGCAAUGAAGUUAAACACUCAGAAGGGAGAUUUUAUGAAGAUUUUUUGUUGUUUUGUUUAGUAUUGUAAAUACUGACGUUCUUUUAGAUGUACAAACAUUUCUACAAAGCAUCUUGCCUAAACAUAUCCGAUUGUCUCUGAUAACUGAAGGUUUUGAUUUGUGAAAUACUGUCCAACACAUCAUAAUUUUAAUCAUGUUUCAACAUUAAAUGUCGUGGCUCAGUUUCUGUCCUGAAACAAUUCUACAGAUACAUUUUGAUACCAAUAGUUCUAUGUAUGUUAGAAAACAACUUGUUGCAUCUUUGAAUUAGGCUUUUUUUUUAUCAUCUGCCUUCCAGGCAAUAGAAAUGUAAAAUCAUUUAGAUAAUAUUUGCUUGGUACUAUACCAAAGUCGAUUUAUGGGGACUAGAUAAUCAGAUUUUGUUUUUAAUGUCUUGUCUAGUUAAGCAAAGUAAUAUAUUUUAAGUAAUAUAUUUUAAUAAAAAGAAGAAGUCUAUUUACAAAUCCUUUUACAAAAUGUUUAAGAAACAGGGUAUUUACUAUAUCUUUAUAUUGGCUGUCUCAUUUUGGUACACCUGUGUCGAAGGUGUACACAAACUUUUUACACAAUUUUUUCGUACCAGGGCCCUUGUGAUCUGUUGAUAUUUUUGUGUGGCUAGUUUUGCCUGCGAUGAAUUGAUGUGUCCUCACAGUGGAUUUUUAAUUGACUAAUAAUAUCUGUGUGAAACUUGCAGCUCACUUUAUUGAUUACUGAAAGUCUAGCUUUUUACAGAA